AUGUCAGAUAUUCAUGACUCGCCCUUCUGGAAUGCAUUCCUUAGCCCUGAUAACCUUCCUUUUAUGACAACUGGCACAGGUAGUGGGGAAGGAAGGUUUAUGUUCAGCUUUGGAAUGGAUGGCUUCAACCCUUUUCAAGUCAAAGAGGCUAAGCAAACCACAUCAUGCACUGCUAUAUACCUGGUUCUUCUCAACUUCCCCCCCCCCCCCCCCCCCCCCCCCCCUCACCUUCACAACCUUCCUGAAAAUAUGUACUUUGUCGAUGUCAUUCCU